AUGAAACUAAUAAAUCCUGAAGUUACAUAUAUAAUUGCUCCAACUUCAUCUGGGAUAUUUAUAGAAUUUACAAACAAUUCAUUAUCAACAAAUUAUACUACUGAAAUUGUGACACAUCGUAUAACUAGUUCAACCCCUAUAAUUACCACUAAAACUUUUCAUCCUCAACGCCUUCACCAUCAUCGUCGUCGUCCACGUUAUGGUCACAAAAAAAUGAGAUUGAGAAAACCAACUAUAUGUCAAUCUAGUAAAAUAAAUUUAUUAAUUAUUAUAUUCUCUCCAAUAAUAGAUCAUUCAAUUCGUUAUAAAAUUCGUCAAACAUGGGGUUCAAUUAAAUAUAUAUUAAGUGAUACUAUUAUAAAUAAACAAUAUUUUAAUGGAUUAAAUAUUAUUGAACAUUUAUUUAUUGUUAAUAUUACAAAAUAUAAAUUUAAACAAAAUUCAAUUCAUAUUCAAAAUCUUUUAAAAGAAGCACAAUAUGAAAAAGAUAUUUUAAUUUUAUGUUUAAAUCAUUUACAAAAUAAUUUAGCUUCAUUAUAUCUUUUAACUAGUGAAUUCUUAUUAAAUUCAUGUAAACAUUCUAUAGAUUUUGUUUUAUUUAUUAAUCAAGAUUUAUUUCCUAAUUUAAAUGCUUUAAUACAAUAUACAAAUUCAAAAUUAUUACAUUUAACAUCGAAUACAUUAAAACAAAAUUAUAAUCCAUCUAUAUAUUGUAUACCAAUGAUACAAAAACAUAUUGGAUAUAAUAAACGAUUUAAUAAUUUAUAUAAAAAUAAUUUACCUAUAUGGCAAGGAAAUAUUUAUCCUACAUAUUGUGAUAUUAAAACUGGUGGUUUUUUAUUAUUAUUUAAAACAAUGAAACAAUGGUAUACAUGUUCUCAUUUAUAUAUACCAUUUAAUCCUAUACAAGUUUAUUUAACUGGUUUUAUAAGAUAUAUAGCUAAAAUUGAUAUUGAAAAUUAUUGGAUAAAUUAUUGGUCAAUUAGUAAUUUGUUACCAAGUGUAUCAUUAAAUAAGAAAAGUAAAAAAUAUUUAUUUUUUCAAAAAUCUAUUAAUCAAAAUAGUCGAGUAUGGAAAAGUGUAUUUCGUGCAACAUUGAGUUGA